GAAUCUCAUCCUCCGGCCCCGGAGCUGCUGCUGCCGCUGCUGCUUUUGCUUUUGGGGCUGAGUUUAAUAACCCAGCGAGCGAGCGAACGCGGGGGGAAAAAGGCAGAGAAUGUCCGCCAUCUACCCUCUGCUCCUGGGCGCGCUCUCAUUCAUAGCAGCCUCUUCAUGAAUUACAGCUGAGGGGGGCGGGGAGGGGGGUACCUCACAACACCCCAGCAAACCUCCGAGCCCCCAGGCAUGGCUAGCUCGUGUGCCGUGCAGGUGAAGCUCGAGCUGGGGCACCGCGCCCAGGUGAGGAAAAAACCCACCGUGGAGGGCUUCACCCACGACUGGAUGGUGUUCGUGCGCGGCCCGGAGCACAGUAACAUCCAGCACUUUGUGGAGAAAGUCGUCUUCCACUUGCACGAAAGCUUCCCUAGGCCAAAAAGAGUGUGCAAAGAUCCACCUUACAAAGUAGAAGAAUCUGGGUAUGCUGGUUUCAUUUUGCCAAUUGAGGUUUAUUUUAAAAACAAGGAAGAACCUAAGAAAGUCCGCUUUGAUUAUGACCUAUUCCUGCAUCUUGAAGGCCACCCGCCAGUGAACCACCUCCGCUGUGAAAAGCUGACUUUCAACAACCCCACAGAAGACUUUAGAAGAAAGUUGCUGAAGGCAGGAGGGGACCCUAACAGGAGUGUUCAUACCAGCAGCAGCAGCAGCAGCAGCAGCUGUAGCAGCAGCAGCAGUAGCAGCAGCAGCAGCAGCAGCUGUAGCAGCAGCAGCAGCAGCAGUAGCAGCAGCAGCAGUAGCAGCAGCAGCAGCAGCAGCAGCACCAGUUUUUCAAAGCCUCACAAAUUAAUGAAGGAGCACAAGGAAAAACCUUCUAAAGACUCCAGAGAACAUAAAAGUGCCUUCAAAGAACCUUCCAGGGAUCACAACAAAUCUUCCAAAGAAUCCUCUAAGAAACCCAAAGAAAAUAAACCACUGAAAGAAGAAAAAAUUGUUCCUAAGAUGGCCUUCAAGGAACCGAAACCCAUGUCAAAAGAGCCAAAACCAGACAGUAACUUACUCACUAUCACCAGUGGACAGCAAGAUAAGAAGGCUCCUAGUAAAAGGCCCCCCAUUUCAGAUUCUGAAGAACUCUCAGCCAAAAAAAGGAAAAAGAGUAGCUCAGAGGCUCUAUUUAAAAGUUUUUCUAGCGCGCCACCACUGAUACUCACUUGUUCUGCUGACAAAAAACAGAUAAAAGACAAAUCUCAUGUCAAGAUGGGAAAAGUCAAAAUUGAGAGUGAGACGUCAGAGAAGAAGAAAUCAACUUUACCACCGUUUGAUGAUAUCGUGGACCCCAAUGAUUCUGAUGUGGAGGAGAAUAUGUCCUCUAAAUCUGAUUCUGAACAGCCCAGUCCUGCCAGUUCCAGCUCCAGCUCCAGCUCCAGCUUCACGCCGUCCCAGACGAGGCAACAAGGUCCUUUAAGGUCUAUAAUGAAAGAUCUGCAUUCCGACGACAAUGAGGAGGAAUCAGAUGAGGCAGAGGAUAAUGACAACGACUCCGAAAUGGAAAGACCUGUAAAUAGAGGAGGCAGCCGAAGUCGCAGAGUUAGCUUAAGCGAUGGCAGCGAUAGUGAGAGCAGUUCUGCUUCUUCGCCCCUACACCACGAACCCCCGCCACCCUUAUUAAAAACCAACAACAACCAGAUUCUUGAAGUGAAAAGUCCAAUAAAGCAAAGCAAAUCAGAUAAGCAGAUAAAGAAUGGCGAAUGUGACAAGGCAUACCUAGAUGAGCUGGUAGAGCUUCACAGAAGGUUAAUGACGUUGAGGGAAAGACACAUUCUGCAGCAGAUUGUGAACCUUAUAGAAGAAACUGGACACUUUCACAUCACAAACACAACAUUUGAUUUUGACCUUUGCUCGCUGGACAAAACCACAGUCCGUAAACUACAGAGUUACCUGGAAACAUCUGGAACAUCCUGAGGAUACAACAACUGGAUGCAUCAAAAACUAUUGGGGUCUUUUUUUUGGUUGUGAUAUUUUUUUGUUGUUGUUUAUAAGAAAACACUCAGAAUGAUGCAACCAAAAGGGAAAAAAAAAAUAAAAAUCAAACAACCUUCAGCUUUAUUUUUCUUUAAAGCCAGUCAUCAUCUCUUGAUAAAGGAGAGGUUAAGCAAACCAGCCUCAGCGGACCACUCUUCUCUACAAGGACAUCCCCGGGAAGAGUUUGCCUGGAUAGCCUUGAAAACAAACAAAUCAAACACAACACAAGAAAACUUAAAGAAUGUGUAUGGUAUCAUGUAUCUCUCUCUGUGGCGGUUCAUCCCACAGGACGAAUGCAUAUUCAACACACUGCCUUAUUACAUAACUGAUCUAUUUAUUAUCGCAUACAGAUAUCCUAAAGUCGUUGAGGGAAUGACACCACAAGACAUUACAAGUACUUGGUCCCGUGGAUGCUCUUUCAAUGCAGCGCCCUUGCCAUCCCAAGCCCAGUGACCUUACUCGUAUACCGUGCCACUUUCCAGCAACUUUUUCCAACUCCUUUAACUCGUUGCGGUCUGUAUUUUCCACCUUUUGUUUUUCCAGUUCCAGGACACAAACGAUCAACUUGGGGUGGGGGGGACCAAAUAACCACCCUGAUUUUCUUCUUUGUGGUCUUUUUCCUGAAAGUUGGGGCCCAGUCCUUGGCUGUAUCCAUACAAUGAUCUUGGACCAUGGUAGAAGAAGCACCAAAUAGGAUCAUGACUUGCUGUCUAGCCUUAGUCAAUAAACCUGUAGGACUUUUAAACAAAAGUGUACAUGUAAACGUCCCGCAUCCAGCCUUGUUGAGCUGUCAUAUCAACAUUUGUGUGUCUGUUUUACUGUUAUAAUAUUAGAGGGAUAUGGAAGUUAAGGCAUUCCACAGGUUCGUCAUUUUUAAAAGAGGAAUUCUGGUUCUGUUUUCUAAAGAAAUGUUGUAGAAAUUCUUAAUUUGGAUCUAUUUAUUAGUAAGAGUUUCGGCUUUCUUCAGCUGCCAGUGUGUUCUUCAUCUUUACCAUAAAACCUGGAAUAAGAGAUUUUUGUUUGUUCUCACAUGAUCCCCUUAGACUCUUUUGUAUUUGGAAAAUUAAAAUCUUCCUUUGGGGGAAAUUCUUGGUUAUUCUGCCAUAACAGAUUAUGUAUGAACUUGUAGAUUCAGUGUUUUGAUACCUGUUUAGUCACUUGCUUAUGUUUCCAGAAGGAUUUCUUGUAUUGGUGAGAAUAAAGAUGGUUGGGGAGGGGGGAUAUUUUUGUUCUUGAUGUACCCUGUUUUGAAACUAGAAAUCUGUCCUGUGGCAUGCAAAAGAAAGCAAAUUAUUUUUAAAGAAAAAAAAAAAAAACAAAACAAAAGUACUUUUGGCGUCAUUAUUCCAUCCUCUCCAUUAAUGGAGAAAUGCAAAGUGAGAACAGCUCAUCUUUCUAGAAACUCAACUGGGAAGAAAAGAAAUACUUCUGGAUCCAAAGAUUCGCUCCCUGGCUCAGCCUUAAGAAAGUCCCUAUGUGCUAACAGACCAGUGUGUCCCUUGCUUAUUCCCAUGCCAGAUGCUGUCUUUUCAUCCAGAGAUUAACUGUUGUCUGUACAUAAAAUGGUCUUUCCAGACCCAUUCUUUUGGACAGUAAUGUAAAUGCAGGUGGAUAAUGGAGCUAUUUCUGCAUUUUAAAAAGGGGAUUUUUAAACGUUGUUUCUUUCUAUCCAAAAGCACUAUUUUUUCCUUUAAUAAGUAAUACAGCCAUGCUUCUUGGCAGUGACUUCUCUGAGGCAUCCUCUCUGGGGACAGUGUGUGUUUCCAACAAUGUUGUGAUGUUUGAUGUUUGGCGUGAGCCGUCCUUGAAGCAUUUGCUGUCUAGUCCACUCCUCAAUGUUUAGGAGAAAUUUUGAGUUGUUGUAAACAUUAGAUGACUGACCAAUUACGUGGUUUUAGUUGUGUGUUUUUUGUUUGUUUGUUUUUUGUUUUUGUACCUCACAGGUAAAAGGGGAGGGCAAUGCUUAUAUGGAAUUAUUUGCAAAAUUUAAAACUCUCUUUAAAGUUUCUAACUGCUAGUCCACAUUUUCUAAUUAAGCCAGAAAUGUAUGUGGUUUAACUAAAAUAUCUGUGUAGUUUAACCAGGAAUGUACAUAGGUAGUUUGGGCCAUUUUUAUUUUUGUAAUGAAAUUGUGUGGCAAAAACUAUGAUUUGGCAAUGUAAAUAUAUUUUUGUUCCUUAGGUUACUAACCAAAACACUAGGUAACAUAAAUGACCAAACAAAAAAGUUAAUAAGAAGAGACACUAUUACAGUGAUAAAAUUUAGAUGUAAAGUUUAGGUAAUAAAGCAAACAUCAUUGAGAUGUAAGUUUAUAAUUGAUAACAAAAUUCAGAAAAACCUAUCCACCAUCCACAACUCAUGGAGACAGCAAAAUGAGCUUUCUAUGAAAUUCCAGUAGCAUAAGAGUCACAUUGUUAACUUUUUAGAAGUUAGACUCUUGCUCUCAUCUAAUUUAUAAGUGCAGAAAUAAUAAAUCCCCUUUCAAUUAAUUUCAAAUAGUUAUGCUUCUCUUCAAGUCACCCACUCAUUGCUGCCACAUUUAUAUACACAUGCCUUUGAAACCUAUUAAAAAAUGUUUUUGGCACACGUGUAUCGUAACAGUGGCUUUAGUUUCUUAAGCACAAAAGAAAAAUGGCAG